CAGAUGCACUCGUGAUUCCUAACUGCCCAUAGGACAUCUUCGAAGUGUUUGUAGCCACUUUGAACGGCCCGCUUCAAGCUAUAAAAUGAGAUGGCUCUUUCCGCUUAGUUGAUCAGCUAUUAUGCUUCACAUGUAUUCAAUUCCUUUAGUAACGUCCCUGGCGUUCGUGAUAUUCUUGUUCUAUCGUCGCUUGCGCAACUCUUUUGGUCUAGGAUCACUCCCGUUUCCUCCUGGUCCAAAGGGGCUUCCCCUCAUCAGAAAUCUUUGGGAUAUUCCUACUGAACAUCAAUGGCUUACCUACUCUCGAUGGUCGGCUACAUAUGGCGACGUCUUAUUCUUAAACUCUCCCGGUAACAAAACAAUCGUCCUCAACUCGUCUCAGGCGGCCACAGAGCUACUCGAAAAGCGUUCCGGAAAUUACUCAGAUAGACCGGAUCUCAACAUGAUGAACCUGACAGGAUGGAACUUCAGCUUAGCUUUUAUGAGGUAUUCAGAUAGGACACAUCGGAGGAUGUUUCAUCAAUACUUCCAACCUCGCGCAAUUCUAGCUUAUUAUCCAGUGCAAACCAAAGCUACCCUAGUCUUGUUGCAGCAGCUACUCAAGUCUCCGGAUGAAUGCUUUCAUCAUGUUCGUCACCAUGCAGGUUCGAUUAUCAUGAAGACCGUAUAUGGCUACGAUGUUGAACCUAACGGUGACCGAUUUGUGCACUUGGCGGAUCAAGCUUUGACAAGCAUUCGUGUCGCCGGAGCUGAAGGAACUUUUCUCGUUGACUAUCUUCCCAUUUUGAAAUACAUACCUGACUGGUUCCCUGGGGCGAAAUUCAAGAAACUUGCGCAGACGUGGAGCAAGGAUGUUGAGGACAUGAAGGAGGAGCCUUUCAAAUAUGCUUCGGAGUCACUUGCUAAUGGCAUUGCAUCACCUUCGUUUGUCUCUGAGAACCUUAAAAGGUUGAAAGAGACUCGACCCUCCGACUAUGAGGCGCAAACGGAAAUCAUCAAGAACGCGGCUGGGGUGGCUUUCGGUGCGGGUGCCGAUACUACAGUUUCGACUGUUCUUUCAGCAAUUUUGGCCUUUGUACUCUAUCCCGAAGUUCUGGUGAAAGCUCAAGCGGAGUUGGAUGCUGUAGUAGGCCAGUCGCGGCUGCCCAACUUCGAUGAUCGUCCCCAGCUUCCCUACAUCGAAGCUGUUCUUUAUGAAGCACUAAGAUGGAAUCCUGUUGUUCCCCUCAGUAUUCCCCAUCGGAGCGUGAAAGAUGAUGUAUACAAAGGUUAUUACAUUCCUGCAGGUGCGACUAUCAUUGCGAACACCUGGGCGAUCCUCCACAACGAGAAAGACUACCCAGGUACCCUGAAAUUCAAUCCUGAACGCUUCAUUAAACAGGAGGGUAAGGAACUACCCCCUGAUCCAAUGGCUGCUUUCGGCUAUGGAAGACGCAUCUGCCCUGGUCGUUAUCUCGCGCUGAAUACCGCCUGGAUUGCUAUUGCCUACAUUGCAUCAACAUUGUCCGUUACAAAGGCUGCGGGCUCGGAUGGCCAGCUCAUCGAACCUAGUGACACAUUUUCUGGCGGCUUUCUGAGCCUUCCUUUGUCAUUUAAGUGCUCAUUCAAAGCGCGCUCCGCGCAAGCGCAGGAAUUGAUAGACUCUGAGUUCGGGAUAGCAAUGGGAGGAAAUUAGACACGAUUGCGUGACUUGUAACAACAUGUAGUACUUGAGGGCCACUACUUGAGAUAAUUUCGAAUAUUAAGGACUAUUUGAAAUUGCUGCCAUGCCU